CGCAGUGUUCUCAAGCAUCAUUGAGCAGUGCUGAAGGAGACGAGAAAGAGCAGAGACGGUGAGAGAGAGAGAGAGGACAGAAGUUAGAUGGCGCCUUCCUUUGUCACCGUGUCUCCGUGCUUAUGAACGUCGACCAAGAUUAUCCACGAUCCGUGAUAUCACACAGCCUGUCGCCGUUUCACGUCUAGGUUAACUCUUCCGGAUUUCAUCCAAGGAACGGUUCCGAUCCCGUGUGGGGAGCCACGAUGAUGGAGGAAUCGGUGUCCACGUUUGAGACGCAUCUGACGGCCGUCAUGGACAGUCUGAUCCGAGCCUCGGUCUGCGAGAUCACCAAGCUCUUCCAGGACAUGGUGAACGACUACCUGGUGGAGCUUUCGCUCAACAGGAAGGAGAACGACGCGCUCAAGCAGCGGCUGAGGCUCACCGAGACCAAGCUGAGGACCGAGCGCAAGUACGGGAUGGGCUGGGCGGCCACCCGCCGCAACGCCGGACUGACGGCGGCGGAAGAAGGAGCUGGAGGGCGGCAGAAACGAAAAGUUGAGGGGGCCCGAGGCAAGUCAAAGAAGGGCCCAGCAGCAGUCUAUGGCAAAGGCUGGCCUGGAGGUGUGUGGGAGGAAGGAGGAGGUGGAGGAGGAGGAAGGACGGGAGCUGUGGGGAUGGUGGCAGGAGGAAGAGGAAAAGGAAGAGGGGGAAAGGAGGCCAGGGAGAUGUACCUCAUCCAGUUCCCCGGGGAUGAAGAGGACGAUGGAGGGAUGAUGGAGGACGAGGAAGGGGAGGGCAGCCUCAGCGGUGAGGGGGAGGAGACUGCCAACAUCAAAGAGGAGUUUGCACAAACAGAGGGUUAUCAACCCGCCUCUCUCCAGCUAAUCAAGGAGGCUUUGAAGAUGGACCCGCCCAACCCGAACCUCCACACUUGCUCCAGAGCCCAAAGCAAAGGAGACCUCUCAGAUCGUCCCUCGAGCCUUCACUCAGGAGAGGGAGAGGAUGAGGACUGGGAGUCGGACUCAGCAGAGCCGUCGGAGGGGGGCAUGACCGUGGAUGAGCUGAGGGGUCUGGAGUCUGCACUGAAGGCCGAGAGAGGCCGCGAACAGGCCGCCCUGACGGCCUCUGAGCCGGUCAGCCCCGACUCGGAGGUAGAGCAAGGCAGCGAGAGCAGCCUGGCCCCCAAGUACAUCGGUCUCGAUGGAAUGGAGCAGGACGAAGAGCUGGAGCCACCCACCCUGCAGAGAGAGGAGCAGAUAGGGCAAGGACGGGCGAAAGACGCCGCGAGGGCCGGAGGGGAGCCGAGGUCACGAGAGUUGCAAGAGGACGACUCGGCUGAGGUCGUGACCGGAGACGAUGUGUCGGAGCAGGGAGAGUCGGCGCACCUGCCCCACCUGUGUGCUCCAGGGAGUGUCGGGGAGAGCGGAGGGGAAGAGGAGGGCGGCGCAGACUUACUCCACUUCUGCCCACAGUGUGGCGGAGGCUUCACCUCACAGGCCGAGGUGGAGGAGCACCCUUGUCCGCUGGGAGCCUCUCAUUUACAGGACAGUGGAGAGGACAUUCUUUACCCGUGCGCCCACUGUGGCAACACGUUCAGCCACGCCUGGGCCCUGAAGAACCACGAGUGCGCGUGUGCCGCCGAGAGGCCGCACUGCUGCGAGAUCUGCGGGAAGCGCUUCACACACUCGCGCUCGCUGGAGCGGCAUCAGCUGGUGCACACGGGCGAGAGGCCGCACCGGUGCCCUCAGUGUGGACGCACCUUCAGUCGUCUGGGCAAUUUGGAACGACACCAGCGGAUUCACACCGGGGAGCGUCCGUACGGGUGUGAGGCGUGCGGGAAGCGGUUCAGUCGCGUGGAGUACCUAAAGAGACACCAACUCAUACACAGCAGCGAGAAGCGGCACUCCAGUGCUCCAACUGUGGAAGCGGCUUCAGUGAUGUGGAGCAACUGAAAAACCACCAGUGUUUUUAAGAGCCUCUCCUUCAAAUGUCUGACGGAACUGGAAAGAAAAAGCGGGUUUUAUAAUUGAAUGUGGUAGAAUUCAGGUGAUUAAUGCCAACCGACGGUGGAUGCUAAUUUUACUCUCAGCGAUCUGGAGUUGCCUUUCGUACACGCUCUGACAGUCAAAUAAACUUUUAAAAUGAAGACGUACUGUGGACGUUUUUUGUAGAGUAAAUAAAGAAGGCAAAUGUCCAAAGUAGACAGGAAGUCAGUUGUACCUGGUGUUUCUCUAUAUUUAAUUCUUCAGCCAUUUUAUGUUGAGGUGGUCUCAUUUGUGUGUACAACGCUUGUACUUAUUUAUUAUGAUCGAGUUGUACAUCUUUGUCUUUUUUAUCAAUAAGUCACUCAUGUUGCAACCGGUGCCCUUGUUAUUUGCCAGACAAUAUAAUUGACAGCUUGGUAUUUUGUAUGUUUGUGUUUUGGCCAUAUCAAUCAGAAAUAAAUAUUUCAAUUUAUCAGAAGGCAUUUCAUCCAUUUCAGUGUUUUAUUGGAAAACCAUGGGGUUAGUGAACAUGCAAGAUCAUAUUAAUUUCCAACCAUCCACACCAGAGACAACAUUUAACAUUUAUUUAGUAAUUAAAUAGUGAAGGAGUCUGUUUAAGACUGGGUCUGACCCGACACUAGGACUGUACGUAGUGACCCAUAAGAGCCCUGGCUAUGAAAGAUGAACUGUGUGCAGGUAAGUUAACUGGAGCGUGUCACCCUUUAUUACUCACAGCGCUCUUUAAACGGACUGAUUUGGGUUUUCAGCCUUAUUUCCAAGAUGCCCUCGAGGGUCUCUGAGGACAUCCGUCUCACAUCAGCCUCGCACGCUUUGGGAUCCACCAGCUCAAUCUCUUCACCACUGUUGCGGUAAAUCUCUCGCACUGCAGCAUAUGUCGGGUAAAAAGGGUUUCACAGAGUCAGGGAGGUCAGAUCUGUAAGAGGGACAGCAAUAGGCCGACCACAUGUGCUCAGGAACUAUCUGGUAUUGAUACUGUGUGCUCCAGACACCGCUAAAGCUAACCAUUUAACUUGUUUGAUCUCAUUUUAUUUAUUUUUGUAUAAAAGCAACAACUCUUAGAUUUAUGUGGGCUAUUUUGUGGCCUGGCAUACUGACUUUGUGGAGUCUUUGUACAGAUU